AUGGGUUUGCCCGGUAGUAUAUAUCAAGUGUCAGGACCAUGGGGAGCAUCGGUCGAAGCAAGCUGGCCGCCAUCACCAGAGGUUGGCAGUGAAAUAAAGCCGCAGCAACCGGAUGCAGAACUCCAACAGAUGGUUCAGCAAAUCGAUGAGUCGAGGAUUGAAAAUAUCAUCAAGAAGCUGGUGAGCUUUGGAACGCGCCAUACUCUAUCUACGCAGAACUCCACAACUCGAGGCAUUGGUGCUGCAAGAGACUGGAUCUACAAAGAGAUGCAGACUCUGGCCAAGCCGUCGAAUGGAUCCAUGCAGGGUUACUUCAACAGCUACAUUCAAGGUGUCGAUGCGGAUCGAAUUACUUUUCCAGUCAACAUCACGAACGUGGCAGUGCAGAUCAAUGGCACGGACGACCCAGACCGUGUUUAUGUGGUUACUGGCCACUACGAUAGUCGACGCAUCGACAUCCUCGAUUACACACGCGAUGCACCUGGCGCAGAUGAUGAUGCUACUGGAGUUGCAGUUGUCAUGGAAAUGGCACGUAUCUGCGCAACGAAGAAGCCGAAGGCGACCAUGAUCUUUGCUGUAGUUGCUGGAGAGGAGCAGAGUCUGUACGGAUCAGCCAACUUGGCCAAGACACUCAAGCAGGCUGGUCUGAGAGUCGAGGGCAACUGGAAUAAUGAUAUCGUCGGCACUGGGAAAUCUCAGCCUUUUGCGCCUAUUAACGAUUACACGGUCCGCUUGUUUGGUGCGAGCAUCUACUAUCCCAACGCAUCUUCGUACGCCUUAGGCCGAACAAUCGCUCAAAUCGGAGGCUGGAACGAUUCGCCUGCGCAGAAUCUCGGUCGAUUUAUCGCUGAAGUGGCGGCAGGGGCUGCAAGAUAUGUGGGCAUGCAAGUCAAAUUGAUCUAUCGUCCAGACCGCUUUCUCCGAGGAGGCGACCACCAAUCUUUCCUCACUCAAGGCUUCCCUGCUGUUCGAUUCACGGAAGCUGUCGAGAACUUCGCUCAUCAACAUCAAGACCCACGAGAGGAGGAUGGCAUCCAAUACGGCGAUCUUAUCGAGUUUGUCGACUUCGACUAUACCGCACGCGUGGCCAAGGUCAACCUCGCAAGUAUGUGGUCAGCAGCUAACGCCCCUGCUAUGCCGACCAACGUGACAAUAUCGAGGGAUGUCGGCUUUCCGGCAGACAGCGAAGACACGCCGCCGGAAAUCAUUACAAAUGACAGCAAGUUCUCGUGGAAUACUGGCAACGAUACUCUGGUCAGCGGGUAUGAACUUGUCUGGAGACCCAGCGGAGCACUGCAGUGGACGAAAGUGCUGAACGUGGGCAACACUGGCAGCGUGACGGUACCCCUGGGCAAAGAUGACUUUCAAUUUGGGGUCAGAGCGGUUGGAAAAGAUGGCAAAAGAAGUCCAGCUGUCUUUCCAUUGCCCGCUUAA